GAGGCUGCGACAGGUGAACACACGCACUCCCUGGCCGGCCGCCGAGCACAGCAGAACACAGACAGGUAGAGGACGAGCAGCACUGAGAUGGCACUACACGGGACGGCACCGAUACUUCUUCUUGCGGCUGCUUUGGUGGCACUCCCGACCGCCCUGGCAAAGUCCUGCCAGACCCCCUUCGUGCCCCUCAACAACCAGUGGUGUGUUCACGCCCUCACCAACGUGCCGGGGAAGACUUACACAUGGCCGUCAGCGCGGGAGGAGUGCAAGAAGCUCGGUGGGGACUUGGUGGUGGUGGACACUCAGGGGAAGAUGGAAGCUCUGACCGCUCACCUCGCCGCUACGUUCACUGAAGAUGACUCGUCGUUUCCUGGCUUCGUCAAGUUGUAUCCUUACUGGGUCGGGGGCAGCAACGAGGCCGGCCAGUGGCAGUGGGUCAAUGGUUCCCCGAUGAGUCUCACUUCCAACCUUUGGCUCCCCGACAAUCCUAGCGGCGGCCCCUCAAACAUCCAAUACGCCUUGCUGGUUCGUGUCGGCCGUUCGAAGAGGCGGUACCUGAGAUCUGAGCCCUCUACCAAUGACGCUCCCGGGUACGUGUGUGAGCAGUGACGAGACGGAGGCGGAGGAGGGGAAGAGAUGCCGCGGCUAUGAAUGCCAACACCGAAGGGAGAAGAAGGAGAGGGUGGAGGGAGAAGAGGAUGGAGAAGGGAGAGGAGGGAGGAGGAUAGGAGGGAGGGGGUGGAAAAGAGAAAAGGAGGGAGAGGGUGGAGGGAGAAGAGGAGGGAGAUGGUGGAAAAGGGAGAGGAGAGAGAAAGAAGAGGGAGGAGAAUAGGAGGGAGGGGGUGGAAAAGAGAAAAGGAGGGAGAGGGUGAAGGGAGAAGAGGAGGGAGAAGGUGGAAAAGGGAGAGGAGAGAGAAAGAAGAGGGAGGAGAAUAGGAGGGAGGGGGUGGAAAAGAGAAAAGGAGGGAGAGGGUGAAGGGAGUAGAGGAGGGAGACGAUAGAAAAGGGAGGUUAAGAGAAGGGAGCGGGUGCAGUAGAGGGAAAAGAAGAGGAGGGAGAGGGUGGAGAAGGGAGAAGAAGAGGAUGAUGAUGAAGGGAUGACGUUGAGGUUACAUCUAUGACUACUAAAGGGAAGAAGAAGAAGGGAGUAGAGGAGGGAGACGAUUGAAAUGGGGGGUUAAGAGAAGGGAGCGGGUGCAGUAGAGGGAAAAGAAGAGGAGGGAGAGGGUGGAGAAGGGAGAAGAGGAAGAUGAUGAAAGGAUGACGUUGAGGUUACAUCUAUGACUACUAGAGGGAAGAAGAAGGGAAGAUAAGCUGCUCAGAGGUAGGCUAUGAAGGGAAGGGAUGAAAGAGAUAAAAGAGACUGGCAAGAUAGGGAUGAGACACGCUACGAAGACACACUACAAAGGUUCAACACUAAUACAAUGGAAUGCGUUUUGAGCUAAGACAGAAUUCAAGGAAAAAACUGUUCAAAAGACCCGAAAAUUACAACCAUGAUUCUCUGAUACAAUAAAACCUUUUGGCAUUAAAACCA